UGCUUUAUAUAGCAUAAAACUCUUGCUUUUGUUCCUUCCAUCAUUUUUUUUUUUCAAAAUAGAAUAAAAUCUUCAUUCUGAGAAUGAUAUUGAAAGUGAAAGUGAAACUCUUUAGAUUUCAAGCUGUUAAAAAUAUUUUAUUUUGUUUUUUAAAGGUAUUUUGUUUGGAUUCUUCCACAAAAUUACAAGCUGAUUGUUUGUCUAUUAACUAUAGAUUCUUUAAACUGUUUUUUUCAAAACAAAAACCUAUGAAUAAUCAACAAAAGUUCACAAAAAUGGAAAUGAGAAUUUAUUUAAUAAGUAUCAGUACCAUAUUGAUUUAUUAAGGUCUACUUCUAUAUUCCUGGAUAUGCUGUAUGUAAGCAUAAUUGUAUGCUAUGUUACUGUUUAACUUUAGACAACUUACCUGACUCCAAAAGGUCAACAUCUCCAAAAGGUUUUCAAACUGACAAAAGUGUUCAUGAAAUGUUGAUUCCAUCUAUAAACCAAGAUACUUCCAUAAUGUCAUCGGAAACAGCCUUUCCUACAUACAAGAAUAUUUUGGAAUACCUAAAUAUUAAUGGCAGUAUAGUGUCUCUCAAACAACCUGAUUUUUUUUUGAGCAAUGGACAUUUUUUGCAAAUUUGCAAAGAAAAAAAUAAAAACAACUUAACUUGGCCAAAUUUGUCCACAUUUUUUUCAACCUCCUCUAAAUGCUAUAUAUCAAAGGUAAUACUUAUCAAGUUUUUCAAAAAGUCAAAAGAUUAUGUUGAAAAAUUAAAUCGUGCAAAAAAUUUUAAUUUGAAGAAUUUUUAUUUAAGCUCUGAACUCUCAUUUAGUCCUGAAUUUCCUGUUGGUGAUGAUUUGUUUCCUUCGGUUAAUUGCUCUAUCCUAAAUUCUGGCAAAACAUCUUCUGGAACAAAUUCUAGUGAAUUUGUUCCUCGACCGAAGCAUAUCUUCAAACCCUAAUGUGAAUCAAAUGAUGUUGUAAUUGAAAAACUAACAACCUCCUUAAAAUUGUACUUUGUGCCAUCUGCAUAAAGAACAUUGUGCAAAAUAUCUAACAUCUCUAACUUAAGCCUUUGAUAGAAUGUUUAUUUCACUAAAAAAUUCAACAGCUAAAGAUUUUUUGGGAAAUGUGACUCUUAAGAUUCCAGCCACUUUUUGUAGUACAGUUCUGAUACCAGAUUUAACAUUAUUGACAGAAACAUUUCUACUUAAGAGGUCUUCUUUGACAGAGCAAGUUUCCUCAUUAUAUCUACCUCCUUCUAAAACAUCAAUUACAUUGUUUUCAAAAUCGUCAAGUCUUUCCUUAAGCUUUUCUAUAAGAUUUUCAAAGUAAUUCAAACUUUCCUGUAAGAUUGAAUCAUUCGUAUCAUAAGUUGUUUUCAAAACAGUGCUUUCAAAAUUGUUUUUAUUUACCAUGUUUUUUGUUGAUCUGAUUGGGAACGCUUUCUAGUCAAACCAAGUUAUUUUUCCAAAUUUAAAUUUAGUUGCAACAAUUGGUUAAUCUUACAAUCCUUUCUAACAUCUCUUUUUUUUUAACUUUUUGGACAUUAUGUUUUGAUAAAAUCCCUUUGCUUGUUUUUUUAUAUUCAUUACAUCUUGUCUAUUUUGAAAUUCAAGGUGCUUAAUUCUCUUUUUGUAUUUGUUUAUUUGACAGGUCAAAUCACCAGAUAAUAAAGGUAGUUAUUGAUCGAAAUUGGAAACUGGGAAAUUCUCUUUAUUUACUUGAGUUUCAAGAAAACAAUCAUUAGAAUGACUUUUUAAAGGCUUGUCUACAAUAGAACUUUGAGUAGCAGAGCUUGAAAAAACAUCAUUAGCAGUUUUCAAGUUUAAAUCAGAAAAUAAACUUAAAGAAGCAGAAAUAUCUUCUGGAACAAAUUUACUAGAAUUUGUUUCAGAAGAUGUUUGGCUAGAAGUAAGGAUAGAUCAAUUAACAGAAGAUAGCAAAUCAUCAACUUUGUUAAAUCAAGCGAGAUUAUUUUUUAUUUUAAGUAUCUGUAUUUUCAACAAGGCUUGAAGCAGCCAUUUUUAGAGUUACUGGAAGACCCAAUAUGAAGUAUAGUAACAUUCCAGUAACUUCCUAAAAAAUCAUUUUUAGGAAGUUACUAGAAAACCCAAGUUGAAGAUUAUAAAGCAAGAUAACGAUUAACAGAUGACUUAAAAGAUUGCAAAUUAUAUGAAUCAGGAAAAGCAAGAUGAAUGGAGAGUAUCACAAAAAACUGAUGUUUGAGGAAAAAAACUAUACAAAUAAGAAUUUUUUGAGCACUUAGGAACAAUAAAAUAAUAUAUUAUUGUAUUCAAUAUUAUUAAUAUAUUGAAUAUAGGAAUAUUAACAAGAUUGCAAAUACUUUUUUAAAACUUUGCCAGAUACACCAUAUCAUCCAGAGCAAUAGAAUGUGCAUCACCGCUUCUAUAUAAUGUUAAUAUCAAACCUUUCUGUAACAACAAUUACAGGUCCAAAAACAGAUGAUUGAAAUCCAUAUGUUUCUUAUAUCAUCAACAAAUAGAGCCAACUUUGAGUUUUUCAGGAUGACCAUUAAUGUUGGUUAGAAAUGGUAAAUGGCUGAGGAUAGAAGUUCACCUUGUUAGUUAAGUAUUGACACUAGCAUGAAUUUACAGCGUUUAGUGCCACAGGUUCUGUGUUUUUUGUGAUUGUGAUGUUAUUGUGAUGUUUUGUGUUGAUAGACAACUUGGCUUACCUUCUCGCUGGUGUCUAUCGUUAAAAAUGAUUAUUAGGUUGUUUUGUUACUUAAACUCUCUACCUCUAAUCAUUCACUAAAAGCCAAGAGAUAAGAUUUAGAAUAACACCAUUUUUUGUUUUAAUGUUGUUUUCAC